AUGUAUUCCCCAGCCCUGGCCGUGUGCCUGCUUGCUCUGACUCACUGCGCUCUUGCAGGAAAAGUGUGUUCCAAGCCCCCUGAGGUGAUGUUUGCGACCAUCGACGUGGAGAAGAGCGUGUACGAGGUGGGCGAGCAGGUCCAGUACACCUGCAGGCCCGGCUUCGUCCCCAACAACGGCCAAACCAAGUACAGCUGCCUGCCCACCGGCCGCUGGCCCCUCAACACCCUGCUCUGCCUGCCAAAAAGAUGUCCCACUCCUGGGCCCUUGCAGAAUGGAAAAAUUGAUUUUACAGACUUCCACUAUCAGAGUUCUAUAAGUUUUUCCUGUGAUCCAGGUUACAAUCUUGUUGGGACGAGAACGAGUCAGUGCACGGCGGAGGGAAAGUGGACUGGAGCCCUGCCCCAGUGUCUACCUGUGACCUGUGCACCUCCCGUGCUUCCUGAAUUGGGAGUCCUUUCAUACAAGACACCCAGGAAAGUUUUCAGUUUCAUGGACACAAUUACUUUUGAAUGUGUACCACCUCUGGCAGUUAUUGGAAAUGAAACAGCUACCUGCCUGGCCAAUGGAAACUGGAGUGGCAUUCCGGAAUGCAAAACUGUCACAUGUCCCGCACCAACAGGAAUAGAAAAUGGAUUCCUAAAUUUUGCUGUUCGCAGAAUAUAUUAUUAUAAUGAAACUGUCAGCUUCAGCUGCCAAUCCAGCUACGUGCUGGAUGGACCUAAGUCAUCCCGAUGUGAAAAGACAGGAAACUGGUCCAUAAAGCCAACUUGUAAAGGACCAUGCAAGAUACCAGCUAAGAAAGCCGUAGUAUUAUACAACGGUGAGAAGAAGAGAGUGCAGAACGACCUAAAGGAAGGGAUACAGCAUGGGGAAAGCGUUUCCUUCUUCUGCAAGAAUAAAGAAAAAUCCUGUGCCUACACCGUCGCUGCUGAGUGCGUGAACGGCAACCUCACCCUCCCUGCUUGUUUCAAAGAACGUGGAUUCUUUUCAUCCCUUGUGAAGAAGGACCCAUCAGACAUGAAACCGUGUGAAGACUGAAGAUGAAAUUAAAAAGUAAUACAGUACCAAAUGUUUGCUUUCCCAAGACAAAACAUUACCU